AUGUUAUCGAGGGCUAUAUUCAGAAAUCCAGUUAUAAAUAGAACAUUAUUGAGAGCUAGACCUGGUGCCUAUUCUGCAACUAAAUUGACCAGAAGCUCAUUAAUUCAAAGUAGGAAGUACUCUGAUGCACAUGACGAAGAAACCUUUGAGGAAUUUACUGCCAGAUAUGAAAAGGAGUUCGAUGAAGCAUAUGAUUUAUUUGAGGUACAAAGAGUGUUGAACAACUGUUUCUCCUAUGAUUUGGUUCCUGCUCCCGCGGUUAUUGAAAAGGCUUUGAGGGCCGCCAGAAGAGUCAAUGACUUGCCUACCGCCAUUAGAGUAUUUGAAGCUUUAAAAUACAAGGUUGAAAAUGAGGACCAAUACAAAGCCUACUUGGAUGAAUUGAAGGAUGUCAGACAAGAAUUGGGCGUUCCACUAAAGGAGGAACUGUUUCCAAGCUCUUCUUAA